AUGUGGACGUCCGCGCGUACACGCGAAUAUGCUGAACGACAGAGAAGUCACCGCACAGCCGAAAUGCGUGAUGUGCGGGAAGAACGGCUGAUUGCGAAAGUCUGGAAAACGUUCUGUGACAAUGACAAGGCUAAUGACAAGUUCGCUAUGCCAACAAACAAUAUGCCAAAGCGUCAGGCUGAAAGUGUUGAGGAACGACGUGAGCGUCUCUUUGAAAAUGCUCCAACAGAUGUGCAGGCAAACCGAAAACGCUGCUGUUUUACUUACGCAUUCCUUCAAAUUCCAUUUCAAGAUAAAAAUCAUUUUCUCCGAAAUUAG